UAAGGGGCGAAUUCGCUGGGGUGAAACAGCAGUGAAAACUGUCAUUUGGCUCUGAGAACUGUUGGGAAUACUGAGCGGCGAAUUCGUACAACACCAAGGAAUAUUUGCCAUAGAGAAUGGCAGAGUACCAAACAGCAUACCAGGCUCUAACUUCCUUUGAUGAUGAGGAUACUGAUGAUAAUGACCUUCCAAUAAAUGACCAUGAUGUCAUGAUACAUGUGGCUCCAGAGAGUAGCAAAGCGCGAUGGAAUCACAUUGAAAACUUGGAUGACUUCUUCAAUCGGGUUUACCAUUAUCAUCAGCGACAUGGCUUCUUGUGUAUGGUUUUGGAAGAAAUUCUACAACUUGUACAAUUUGUGUUUGUGGUUGUGUUCUCAACAUUCCUGAUUGAGUGCGUAAACUAUGAUGUUUUGUUCGCAAACAUCGCAUACAACCAUACUCACAAGGUGACGAUACCUGAAACGAUCUACCCAGUCCACCAGUGCUUCCAGAGGUUUGACUUUUUCAUCAUAGUGUGUCUGAUCAUUGCAUCUAUUUUCUGGGUGUUCAGGCUGAUCAAAGUGGUUUACAACAUCUUUAAGUACCUGGAGAUUCGAUCUUUUUAUCUGUCAGCACUCAAAAUAUCAACAACAGACCUUCCAAACAUGACAUGGCAUGAAGUACAGAGAUGUUUGCUGGAAGUUCAGAAGGAGCAGCAUCUGUGUAUCCACAAACAGGAACUUAAUGAACUUGAUAUUAAUCAUCGCAUUCUGAGAUUCAAGAACUACAUGAUAGCUAUGGUGAACAAGUCAGUUCUUCCCUUGAAGUUCCUCAUCCCACUACUUGGAGAAAGCACAUUUCUGAGCACUGGCCUGAAAUAUAACCUGGAAUUUAUCCUGUUCUGGGGUCCAUGGUCACCAUUCGCAAACAACUGGCACCUACGAGACGACUUCAAGCAAAGCCACAAGAGACAAAUACUUGCAGACAGCUUGGCAUCAAAGAUUCUGUGGCUUGGUGUGUGUAACUUCCUGUUGUGUCCAGUCAUUUUCCUGUGGCAGAUCCUUUACCUCUUCUUCAGAUACGCUGAGCUUAUAAAGAAGCAACCAAGUGCUUUAGGUGCCAGACGAUGGUCAAACUAUGCUCGACUCUACCUACGACAUUUCAAUGAGGUGGACCAUGCCUUUAUUGCCAGGUUAAAUCGAGGAUACGGUCCUGCUUCAUACUAUAUGACUAUUUUCACAACUCCUAUUUUGGUAAUCUUAGCAAAGAAUGUUGCAUUCUUUGCUGGGUCUGUCUUAGCAGUUUUGGCAUUGCUGACUGUUAUUGAUGAAGAUGUCCUCAGUGUGGAGCACAUCCUUACCACCAUGACAGUAGCAGGUCUCAUUGUGACGGUAUGCAGUGCUCUUAUUCCUGAUGAGCAUGCUGUGUACUCACCUGAAAGGCUGAUGAAGAACAUUCUGGCUCAUAUUCACUACAUGCCGAGUCAUUGGAAUGGCAAUGCGCACACAUACAAGGUGCGCGAUGAGUUUGCUCUGCUCUUCCAGUAUAAAGCUAUAUACCUUGUGGAAGAGCUCCUGAGCCCCAUCAUUACACCAUUCAUUCUUUGCUUUUGUCUGAGGAAAAAAUCACUAGAAAUUGUUGAUUUUUUUCGGAACUUCACAGUGGAGGUUGUUGGGGUUGGUGAUGUCUGCUCCUUUGCUCAGAUGGACAUUAGGAAACAUGGAAACCCACAGGUAGUACUCAACCAGAUCACACACUUCCGAGGAUACAUGCUAGCAAUCAGACUACGCAGGAUCCACGCCGUGUGA